AUGCAAAUCAAGACCUCGCGUGUUGCCUUGCGUUCGGGAGAAGCCCGUGAACGGUUGGGAAGAAGAGCCUUUGACGCGCCCCAGGCCCCUUUGGACCGUCGCCAGUCCAUGGUGGUUGCUAAGUCUUCUUCAAUGACGAUUUGGAGGUCGCGCAGGCAGAAAUUUAUCGUCAGUGCCCAACCAGACCGAUCCAAACCUGGCGACACUAGAGUCGAAAUGGCAGACCAUUCGCGUCCAGAGGUUGCCUCAUGACACGCGUGCUUUGUUCCCGGUACGCGGAUGCCUUCGAAGCUCCAACGGAUAUAAUUUCGGAUCUCAGUUUAGGAAAAUAGCGCUUGACGAUUUCCCACUCAUUUCGACACCUCAUGUGAAUGCCAAUGGAGAUGGUGGCUUGACUCGUACCUUCCACAGUCAGUCAGCCAAACCAGCAAAAGGAAAAGAGCUCUGGCCAACAACAGAAGGGAAAGGCGGACUUGUCCAGAAAAGAGUGUUCAUCAAAACGAAGUCCGUUCUCGCUGACGCAGAAACCCGGAUAAGAGUUCUCGCCUCAUUGACGGGCGAUAUCGUAUUGGAUGUAUGAGGAUGCAAGAAGCCUAAAGUACGUUAAGGAACUAGCCGUGCAAUGAAACACAGGUGCCAAUGAGAUGGGAUUGAUUUUGAUCAACGUCGCAUGAAAAACUCUGGGGGUAUUUAUUAGGCCCACAUAAGCGGUGAACGAUUGAUUACGCAGGCGUCUCUCUGACGCAGCUAGAGCUCUAAAGUGUAGCAUUCCUAGGCAGCAAGUCUUGCCUCGACCGUUUGUCAAGAAUCUUACUCACAAAAACCAUUCUUCAGCGCGGAGAAAAUGAAAGCCACCAUCGCAGCGCGUCCUUUUCGCCCCAU